AAGAAAGAAAGAAAGAAAGAAGGCCCUUGACAAGUUAAAUCAAAAUAUAUUUACUAAGAGCUUCACCGGAAUGAAAAGAUUUGCCCCUGAGGUAGAACUAAAGGAGCAGAGCCAGAGGCAGUUUCCUAUCUGACCCGACAGCGAACUCUGCUGGCAGCUCCUCUAAUGGGGGCUCAUUAGGCGGACAGCUUGGGAGGCGUAAUGCAUUCAAUAACACAUCAUCAUUACCCAAAGUUCUUAAUUAUCAAUAAUUGAGACAAAGAGUUGUUGUCAAUAGUACGUCGAGUCCAUUUGGUGCGUAACGUUGUUGCCAUCGGAACAAAGCGUUAAAAUCUGAUUCUUGAAUGGUAGAGGUCGAAUCGCGUAAUGCUUCAGCAGGGACACACCUCUCUGGUGACACACCGCCUCACACACAGGAACACAAUCCUACAUGGGAGUAUUCAACAGUUUAUUUUGUUCAUCAAUCUGCUCCAGGAUGUUCUCCGCUGGACAAGCUUGUCUGAAGAACCACAACUCAGAUGAACAGCGAUCAGAAGCCGACUUGGUGCUCAGCAGCCUUUAGUCUUUUGUUUGCCUGCCCUCCCAUCUGCUGCGCGCCUCGUUCUCACCGCCUCACAAGAGGAGUGUGAGAUACACGGAACAGACAGGAUCGGGUCUAGGUGUGCACAACAAGGGAGCAGACAGCAGGAGACCCAUGAAUGGAAAGAGAUGCUUUCCCUUUCUGUGAAACAUAAAUUGUCAUUAGGAUAAAGACGUGGAGAUAAUCGAUCCACUGUCUCUUCUCCUUCUCCGUCCUGGAAGGAGGAAGCGGGCUCGCCAUCGGGUGGAUGAACUGGUCGGCAACAGGAGGGGAGUGAUCCAGGAGACGGUGCGUCCCUGUGUCUCCGGGCUCUGGACCAGGCGCUGUCCCUUCAGCACCGCGGUCACCUUGCUGUGAAUGUCAACAGCUGAGUGAUAUAUUGCCUCUCCUCCUCCCGGUCCAUGCCGUGGAUAUAUUGAGGUGGAACCCGUUUGAACAAGCACAGUCGGGGUUUGUUGGAUACACCGAUGAUGAGACGACCGUUCUGAAUGUGAGACCAUCGGCGACACUCGUUUUAGAUUCAGAGUUCAACCCCUCCAGGGAGCCCAGCGACUGAACCCGGCGUGCGUAAUCUACACACACGCAGGCGCUCGGAGAGAUAUUGGGUGGAAUUAAUAGCAGACGGUGGGUCGAAGGAGAGCUCCCCAAUGCAUUGUCAGCAUCAUUGUGUCGUUAUCGCUGACAGACGGAUGUUUUUUUAGUAGCUCCUUCUCUGCUCUAGGUGCGCCUCUCCCCGCUCGUCCACUGGGUGCUGCUGCAUGUGUUGCAUGCAUGCGUUCGGCUGCGCGGAGAGUUGCCGUUGUGAUGAAGGGAACUUAUAGGAGAAAUGCCUAGGGGACGCAAUGGGCUUGAGCGACGACAAGGAUCGCAUUGUUAUAAACGUGGGAGGGAUCCGACAUCAGACCUACCGCAGCACCCUGCGCACCCUACCUGGCACCCGCUUGUCUUGGCUGGCCGAGCCCGACGCGCCCAACCACUUUGACUAUGACGCCAACAUCGAGGAGUUCUUCUUCGACCGACACCCGGGCGUCUUCGCGCACAUCCUCAACUACUACCGAACAGGUAAGCUGCACUGCCCCGCGGACGUGUGCGGUCCCCUCUACGAAGAGGAGCUGGCCUUCUGGGGCAUCGACGAGACGGACGUGGAGCCAUGCUGCUGGAUGACGUACCGCCAGCACCGGGAGGCCGAGGAGGCCCUCGACAGCUUCGCCGGGGGGGCCCUGCUGGACCUAGGCAACGAUGACCCCACCGAGCAGGACGUGGAGCACGGGGAGGUGGACGAGGCGGACGAGAUGACGCGGAGACUGGCGCUGGGGGACACGGCGGGGGUCCGGCACGGCGGCUCGUGGGGCAGGUGGCAGAGACGGGUCUGGGCUCUGUUUGAGGACCCCUACUCCUCCAAAUAUGCAAGGUGGAUUGCUCUGGCCUCGCUCUUCUUCAUCCUCGUUUCCAUCACCACCUUCUGCCUGGAGACCCACGAGGCCUUCAACCCCAUCGUCAACCGCACCGAGGUGGAAACGGUGGACAACGUGACGGUGGAGCACGUCUACUCCGAGAUGGAGACGGUGGCGUUCCUCACCUACAUCGAGGGCGUCUGCGUCACCUGGUUCACCUUCGAGUUCCUCAUGCGGAUCACGUUCUGUCCCAACAAGCUGGACUUCGUCCGCAACGCCCUGAACAUCAUCGACUUCGUGGCCAUCGUGCCCUUCUACCUGGAGGUGGGCCUCAGCGGCCUGUCGUCCAAGACGGCGAAGGACGUGCUGGGCUUCCUGCGCGUGGUCCGCUUCGUGCGCAUCCUGCGCAUCUUCAAGCUGACGCGCCACUUCGUGGGGCUGCGCGUGCUGGGCCACACGCUGCGCGCCAGCACCAACGAGUUCCUGCUGCUCAUCAUCUUCCUGGCGCUGGGCGUGCUGAUCUUCGCCACCAUGAUCUACUACGCCGAGCGCAUCGGCGCCAACCCCAACGACCCCCACGCCAGCAACCACACUCACUUCAAGAACAUCCCCAUCGGCUUCUGGUGGGCGGUGGUGACCAUGACCACGCUGGGUUACGGCGACAUGUACCCCCAGACCACCUCCGGCAUGCUGGUGGGGGCACUGUGCGCGCUGGCCGGGGUGCUCACCAUCGCCAUGCCAGUGCCCGUCAUUGUCAACAACUUCGGGAUGUACUACUCCCUGGCCAUGGCCAAGCAGAAGCUGCCCAAGAAGAAGAACAAGCACAUCCCGCGGGCCCCACGGCCCGGCUCGCCCGACUACUGUAAGUCCAGCAUCAGCUCCCAGCACCAGAGCCCCAUCGCCCACGACGACGUCUUUGAGAUCAAGUUCCAAGAGUCCAAGCUGAACGGCGAGGCGGCCGACGCGGCUCUGGCGGACGAGGACUGCCCCCACAUCGACCAGGCCGUCUCCCCCGAGGAGACCUUCAACCCCGCCGACGGCGAGCGGCCCUGCUACCUGGUGCCCAAGGCGGAGCGGCCCAGCCACGCCGGGGGCAAAGGGAGGAGGGGUUAUGAAAAGCCUUGGAGUCUUAACAGCAUGUCUGGCAUGAGCGAGGACGCUUCAGGAGUGUCCUCGGUGUGCGCCCUGCCCUGCAGCCCGCCCUGUCUAAUGCAACACUCACAUUCUCCCAUCCCAUCCAUUAUGUAGCAUGGUUGACCCACAGAAACAAUGCAGCGGACUCAGGUGUGAGCUUUCAUCCCCACCACACCUCUCCUCAACCUUUUCCCGUCUAAAUCGUUUUCUUUGGAAAACCUUCGUUCUUGCACCUUUUUUUCAACCGCCACCUCCAUCCAGUAACUCUGUAUCCGACCCUUGCUAGAGUUCCCCCCAAUUGGCCCUUUUCCUUGGGUGUCAUCCCAACCUCGACUUAUAAAGACAUAAAGAGUCAUCGUGCCACUCUGCAUGGGUCAUUUCAGUAGAGUCUAGACCCCAUCUCCUUCUCUGACAUCUCUAUUCUCUGCCUGAUGCUCGGUUGCUUCUGAUCUCUCGCUGUCUCAGCCUGUAACCCUUCAGAUCUCAUCUGCUAAUUGAAACACUUGUGAAAGAAAACGAUUUCAUAAGAUGUGACACCCCCUCAUUUUGCUUAUUUAUAUAUAUCUAUAUAUAUAUACAUAUAUAUGCUGAACAAUAACAAUAUGUGGCUUUGAAAACGUAUCUGAGGGAUACUUUUGCCAGCUGUUAAGGGAACUUCUCCAAAGUGCUUUGUAUGUUGCAAAGUAGAGACGUUUUUAUUCCAUGAGUGCAAAAAAACCAAGACAAGAACUGCUAUUAAAUGAGUGGCAAUCCAAAUUUAUGAACACGAUGUUCUUGAUGUAAGAUGCAAAAUGAAAAUGAUGGCAAUUACUGAUACUAGUGAUGAAUAAUAUAAUGUCAACAGAGGAACAUCUGUCCGUUUGCAUGAACCGCAUGAUAUGUUGCUCCAGAAGCUCACUGUAUUGCAGUAACUGUAUGGAAAAAAAACUUUUUUAAAUUUGUUUUCAUUCAAAGGAGUUUCUUCAUUUUAUGCAUUUUGAAACAGCUUUACAAAAGAGACUCAAUCAAAGCAGAAGAUUUUUAUGUAGCUACCAUCCUUUGCCUUUCCCCCAAAUAUUAUACAAAUUGAAUGUGUAUAUUUUGACUGGGGCUUCAACAAAAAAAAUAGCCACAUUGAACAUGUUUUAUCAUAAAGCUAACUGGCGCUGUUAUGAGCGUCACUCACUCACUCACUUUAAGACAGUAUUACAAACCAGCCACGAGAAACACUGCGCUCAUUGCAGUGACUUCUCUCAAUUGAAACAAUGUUUGACCAUUACAUUUGUGCUGUGCCUUCAUAUAUUGGAAGGACAUACGAGUUGUUGAACGAAUGUAGGAGGGAAAGCAUGAGUGCCCACAUUGUAGCAUCAACAUAUUCAAUCUUGUGCUCAUAACAGUGCAAUGAGUGCUUUAUUGCAUGUGGUGCAAUCACACAUACAUAUCCUCUGACAGUUUGAUCAAAAUAAUUAAUCCCAUGGAUGUAACAAGGGUAGGUUUUAAGUUGAGGUCUAUGAACCGGUUAUAUCUGGAUUGACAGGGAGGGUUGUGUUCCUAAGCAAAGCAGCCAGUAGGAGAGAUGGAGCCUGGAACUCUAUAGAGCCAACAAUGACACCAACCAUAAUAUUGACCUGAAAUAUUAUGUCUCCUAAAGGGUAUAUUUGACCGCUGUGUUGAUCCCAAGCAUCAAUACGUCACAUACAGACAUUUGAUAACACCCCAUUAUAUAUGCACACGUCUUUUCGGGCACUUUAACAAGUUGUAAGAUGACACAUAAAAAAUGUUAACGACUAUAAUAUAGCUUGAGUAAUUCAUAAAAUAUCUCAUUCUGUUUGAGCAUUGUUUUUACAUUCAUGAGUUUUGACUAUUGCUGUGGUAAUUAAUGGACAUAAAAAAAUGAUCUUGUGAAGAUUUUAUGUAAUGAGAUGCAGGUGAACUCAAUGCAAUUUAAGGUUAAACAAUAAUAAAAAAAUACAAUUAAUUAGGGGAUGUGAACUCUUUGGAAAAAGUUAAUGCAUGUAUUUUACAUUUAUGCAACAGUAUUGAAAUAAAAAAAGAUAUGUAAAUACAGUUCCAUGCAUGAAAUAAAUUUUGUACACAACGGGUGUUUUAGAAUGUGUUUUUAUUCAACAGCACCAGGGUACACUUCGGCUCGCUAAACCAGUGGGAGCUGGUUUCUCCUCACGGUUGGCCAGUGUCCGCCAUUAACCAUUAACCCAACUAACGCCACGGUGCAGCUCCAGGGAGCGGCAGAGUGUGUGUGUGUGUGGGGGGUGGGGGGGGGCGUGAGAGCAUGAGCGCACACUAACGCAUGAACCUCCAGACCUCUCGGUAGCUCCACCUGUAGAACAGCAUGAGCAGCAUGUGGACCGCCCUGUGUACCGUAGACCUCCGCACACAGACGGCCACGCGUUGGUCUGAGGCCUACAGCAUGGGGAGGACAUGGUAAACCCCACGUUUACCAUGAGAGACCAACGCCAGUAUGCUCCCCUCGCCGCGACCAACGGGCUGGUCGUCCAUCCCUCCACCCUCUCCACCCGCUCCGUCACCCCCAUCAAAUGUCGCUAUUCAAACGUUCAUCGGUGUAAUAAUUUAUUUUGUGUUGUUUUGUUUUUAUUGUUUUAUUUGUUUAUAUGUUUAUAGAGACCCACCGAGCGCCACGGAGCAGACCAGCAACAGAAUCAGUUUGUGUAAUGAACCAUGGUGUACCAACCACUAUGUGUAUGACCCAUAACAGCCCAGCCCCUACCUAAUACAGCUCUAGUGUGGGACUGUGUGUGUGUGUGUGUGUGUGUGUGUGUGUGUGUGUGUGUGUGUGUGUGUGUGUGUGUGUGUGUGUGUCUCUCAGUAUUUGGAGAAGGGGUGUAACAUUGACAACCUGUACAUCCCAAACUCAGCAUAGAUGUAGCAGAGAGUCUUGUUGUCAAGCCUUACGUAGAUCAGUAUCUGUGACUGGUUACUGUGUUGUAACUUUGUGUGCCAUUUUUGGUGUGUGCCAGUGCUGUAUAUUUCUAUAUCUGCUUUUGUGUGCUGAAGUUGUGUAUACCAAUGUUUUGCGUGAUCAUCAACUAUAUGUGUGCAUCUUCAGGCAAAAAAGAAAAUGAAGCUUAACAAUGUACAGUUGCUCAGUGUUCAUCACCCUAGAAUACCAGUGUCACUUCAU